GGCUCCAUUAAGACCCGCCCCCGUGAAUUGUCGAGUGGCCGCCGUGAUGGGCCCUUGCAGUCGUGUGGCGUGGCGACUCGGGUCGCUGCUAUGGUGCAGGGCCCUUUCCUCGGGAGCUGGGCCCUCGGCGGGCGCGGGCCCCCGGCUUGGGCUGCUGGCCGCGGGGCGGCCUAAGGCGGGACCGGCGCUCGGCCGGGCCUGUCUGACUCUCGACCACGCGCGCGGCCUGCACGGCCGACCCGGCAUGGAGGAGCGGGCUCAGGGGGCCGCCAGUGAGGGACACCCGGAGUCAGGCACCGCAGAUCAUACUGGUCCCAAGUUUGACAUCGAUAUGCUGGUUUCACUCCUGAGGCAAGAAAAUGCAAGAGACAUUUGCGUGAUCAAGGUUCCUCCAGAAUUGAAAUAUACAGAUUACUUUGUGAUCGGUAGUGGAAUGUCUACCCGACACUUGCAUGCCAUGGCCUACUACAUUGUGAAAAUGUACAAAUACCUGAAAUGUAAAAGCGAGCCUCAUGUGAAGAUCGAAGGGAAGGAUGCUGAUGACUGGCUCUGUGUGGACUUUGGCAGCAUGGUGAUUCAUUUGAUGCUUCCAGAAACCAGAGAGACCUAUGAAUUAGAGAAAUUAUGGACCCUACGUUCUUAUGAUGACCAGUUAGCUCAAAUAGCGCCGGUGACGCUACCCGAAGACUUCAUUCUGGGAAUAGAGGAGGACACUUCAUCCCUGACUCCAGUGGAGUUCGAAUGAGAAUAAAAUAUUAACUGUUUUAGUCAUUA